UGGGGCUCAAAAUGGCGGCAGCAACACUUUCUUAGUGAUCGCGUGCUUUUAGCACUCGUGUUGAUUUAAACUGGACGUGGAGGAAACCAGAUUCACCCGAGCUGAUGGAGGAGAGAGAGAAAGCCGGACCAGGAAGGAGGAGAACCCAGAGUAUGGACGAACCUCCAACAGUGUCAGACAUGAGGCUGGUUCUUGUUGGGAAGACUGGAUCAGGGAAGAGCUCCAGCGGAAACACCUUACUGGGAAGAAACGCCUUCACUGAAGCGGUCAGCCUGCUGUCAGUGACCGGACAGUGCUGCAAGCAGAAAGGUUUGGUCUUCGGCAGAGAGCUGACCGUCGUCGACACGCCCGGCCUCUUAGACACCUCAGAGUCUGACCACACAGUGAAGAGAGAGAUCGCCAAAUGCAUCAACAUGUCGGCCCCGGGGCCCCAUGCCAUCCUGCUAGUUAUCAAGGUGAGACCCUUCACAGAAGAGGAAAGAAAUUCUGUCAGGAAGGUGGAGGAGGUCUUUGGGAAGGAUGCAUGGAAGAACACCAUCAUCCUCUUCACGUACGGAGACCGAGUUGAGUCAGACUUUGAGCGACAGCUGGAGGAGGCCGGACCGGAGCUGCUGGAGAUCCUGAGGAAGGCAGGAAACAGAUAUCAUGUCUUCAACAACCUCAAAGCCAAUGAUCGUGGACAGGUCCUGGAUCUGCUGGAGAAGGUGGAGCAGAUGGUGGCUGCCAACGGAGGAGGGUUUUACUCCAACUACACCUACCAGCAGGUGGUGGAGAUGCUGGAUCAGAGAGAGGCAGAGCUCAGAGAGUUCUACCAGAAGAAACUGGAGGAGAAAAUAAAAGCUGUGGAGUCCAAGUACGAGAAGAAGCUGAGUGAAGCUCAGCAGGAGCAUCACAAGGUGGAGGAACGACUGCAGUCUGAGCUGCAGGAGGUGAAGCGCUACUAUCAUGCUUUGGAGAGUGGAGUCCGUCAGGUUGUGGAGCAGAUAGUGUCAACCGACUCCAAAGAAGACAUUCUGAAGUUUCAUGAGACUCUGAAACUAAACUAAAGCUUGUAAACUCUGCUGGACCCUCCGCUGUGUCCAGCUGGACAGCUCUGUAGCCUGACUGUGUUCAAACUCUGAGAACUUGAUUCUGGGAAAAUGUGUCUAAACAGAUGCACAAACAACAAGAAUACUUCCAUUUCUUGAAGUACUCUCCAAACUGGGUGUUGGUACCAACUGAAGUGCCAUGCUAUCUUACCCUGGUACUACCAUGUGUUUUGCCAACUGUUGUGUCCACUAUGCCAAACCUGUUUUUAUGUUAGACUGAGUAGUUGUGGAAUUGUUUUGGCUUGUCUCUGCUCAUGUGUUUCAAGGCUGAGUAAGACCAAAUAUUCCACUGUCUUAAAUCUUUAUGUACUUCUUUUCUCUGGGCCAGACACUCCAAGCGGGGGUGGGACCACUGGCCUAAGUGAAUCUGUGGAGUACUUCUCUGUUCUAAUUUUUCCUUUAAUAAAUAUCAAAAAACAA